UGCCGAAAUAUUGCACCGUUCAUCGCUAGAUGGCUUAAUUUCGUUAGUUGCACCGUUCACUGCUAGAUGGCAAGGCCAUAAAAUGCGAGGCGCGUUUGUUUUGCUUAGAAUGAUCAAUAUGGCGACUUCCGUAAAAUAGUAAAUAAACGGGAUUGCAUUUAUUAUAACAUCAUAAUAAAUUUGUUUUGAAGGUGUACUUAUUUAUUGUUCUUAUUCUUGUAUCCAUUAGUAAACGGCUAUCACAAAGAAUAUAAACGUAAAGUGAAGUUUCUUAGUAUUCUUAAGUUUUCUUCAAAUUUAUGUUGUAGGAACCAUGUGCAUCGUUUUUUAAUAAAAAAAUGAUAAAUUCGAAAAUAGUUGUAUAAACAAAAAUCGUGGACUUACCUUUAAUAAAAAUGUCGCAUCAGCGUGAAUUGGUAAGGGAGAAAGUCCUUUUUCGGAUUUUAAAAAACAAAAGUCCAACUCUUAACAACAUAUGUGAGAAACUGAAUCACAAUGUGAAAAAUAUUGUUUUGUUAUCAGAAGAUGAACUUUGUGAACUAUGGCAACAUGUAAAAAUUAUAUUGUUUGAAGCUAAGAAUUUAUAUGCACGGUCAUCAAAGAGUGACAGAUAUGUGAAAGAAUAUAAUCAAAUGGUUAAUCUGAUACGUGAAAUAACUGCAAUGACACUUGAAACAAUAACACAAAGAAUGUUUAUACCUAAUGUUUUGUUACAAAAUGUAAUGUUACUACAUUCUGUUAUAUUCCCUAAAAUGAAGAAUGACCAGGUCAAGGAUGAAAUAUCAUGUCUUUUGGAAAACUGGUGGAAAUUAGAUAUGAUAUGGAAAGAGAAAGUGAUAACAAAUUCAUUAAUAUACCUCAUUCAAAAUUGUAAAUCCUCAUUGUUACACAUAAAACGUUUAUAUGAGAUAAAGUCUAGUAUUAUAUUAUUAAAAUCUGUUGAACAUGUACAAGAAUUACUUAAACUUGUUAGAGAAAAGACCAUAAUGUCACUUGAAGAAGGUCGAAUGUUGAUGCUGUACUUGUUUACACUUGGGGAGGAAUAUAUAUUGGGAAUUCAUAAUAAUACAAAAGUAGUAUUACAAAAUAUUGGACAUAAUUAUAUUAAUGGAUAUGCAGAUUUAUAUAUGACGGCAUGGUCGGAUGGAACGAAAAAAGUGAAAAAAUUUAUCAUUGAAAAUUGUUUGCGAGAUAUUGUUUUUCAUUGUUUUCGAGCAUAUAGAGAUUCCGCGGGAAGGGGGAAGCUGGGCAAAAAUUUGCUUUUAUUUCUGACUGCUAUUCACCAUAGUAAAAAUCAUACAACAAGGUUUAUGAUUCAUAACCAAUGUAAACUUUUACUUUGGAAACAUUUAAAGGGUCCUGGCUCUUACAUUAAAUGUAAUGCAAUAGAAAUUCUUUUUAUCACGAGCUCUGUCCAUUUUACGAGUACCGUAAAAAGUAGAAAUAAAUGUUAUCUUCAAAAAUAUUAUAAAACAAUAACCGAUCUUUUAAAUGAUUCAGAUUAUGAAGUUUGCAAUAUUACCAUGAACGGUCUUUUCGAAAUGUUAGAGAAAUAUUGGAAUUCUGUCCCAAGCAACUAUAUUAAUGAUUGGUUGAGCAUUUUACUACAUUAUACUAAAAAUUCUAGCAAUUCUGAAAUGAGAGCGAAUGUUUUCAUCGGUCUAAAAAACAUAUUAGUUAAGAAACGGUCGCAUAAAAUAAUCGAGGAUUUUCUACCGAAUUUUGCAUAUAGUAUUUACGAUGAAGAUAGCGCGGUACUAGACGCGCUGAUCAAAUUCUUAUGGCAUGCACAAAAUCAACUUGAAAUACCAUUUUGGAAGAUAAUACCCUUAACGUACAUACUCGAUCGCAUGGAGACUACUCGAAACAUAGUUUUAUUGCGGGAUUUAAUAAAACUUAUUUGGUCGCGUAUAUCGUUAAAUAAUGCCGACUACGAUAAUAUAACCGAUGAAAUAACAGACAUAGGAAUGAAAAAUUUUAAUGCUAUUAGGAGAUUUUGCUUUCACUCUGAAUCUGUUUUAAGCCACAGUCUGUCUGCGAAGCUUAUUGAAACUAUUUUACCUAUAAUAGAAAAAGAGAUACAAUGCUCAACUUCAAAAAAGAUAUCACAAAAAAACAGCUGUAAAAAAUUGAAGCUUGUAAAUAAAGAAAGCAAUUGCAAAAAUGUAACAAACAUAAAUAAUUACGAAGAAGAUUUUGAUUAUAAAAAAAUGCAAAUAUAUAUUGAUGUUAUUUCUAUAUUAUUACUAACUAAUAUUAAAAAUAUAGAAAGGGAAGGAAAAACAGAAGUUUUACAACUAAUUGCAAACAUACUGCCAGAGUUAUUAAAAUACUUUAAGGAGACUACAGUAAAUGAAUCAGUAAUAUUUUUAUUUUCUGUAAUACCGCCAAAAUUGUUCCCAAAUUUUAUCGAAAUUGUAGAUAUGUUAGUACAAGAAUUAUGCGAUCCCAAAACCCGCGAUGAUAUCAUACUUACAAUUAUAUAUGUUCUUAUGAAGUGGGAAAGAGAAGACACGAUUUUACUUACGUUGACAAACGUUUUCACAAAAUCUUUAAAUAUAAAUCCACAGCAUAAUGAGAGCACUGUCGAUGGGGAUGGGGUUAAAAUAAAUGAGGAAGGCUUAGAAUUAAGUUUAAGGAUUCUAAAACAUUUGUUACAUAUAGAACAUCAAUCAAUUUCCGUGAAUAAAUAUCAUAAAAAUAUACUUGAGUUUUGGACAAGUUUACAUAGAUUAAAAAUAUUUAUAGAAAGACAAUUAAAAAAUAAUUGCAACGUGAAAAGUCUGGAAUCUAAAGACUUAAUUGUAGAAUUUUUUAAAGAGUACAUAUCAUUGACCUUUUUGCUACACAAAGAAGACGUGUUCGAUGCACCACAACAUUUCUCGGAAAUGUUGUUAUGGAUUAAAAAGAUAGUGAUACCACAUAUAUCACACAUCGAUGUAGAUACGCUAGAUAGUCAUUCAACUUGUAUAAAUUUAAUAAGAACUACUUUUGAUAUGUCGAAUUUACUACUGAAAGGAUGCAAUAACACCCCAAAAUUAUGUUGUGAUAUUGUACUUUUAUACUGUUGCUGUUUAUCAUCGGAAAGUGGUGUAGCUUUUUUGAAUAAUGCAUUCGAUGCAAUAAUGAUAUUGUUAGAUUUCGGUAAAACAGCUUACGAGAAUCAAGAACCAAAUUUAAUAAAUAUUGUUGUACCAAAUUUUGUUUGUGUCACAAUGAUAACUUUAACCAAAUAUAACAAAGGUGUUCUAAUAAAAUAUACAAAUAAUUUAAUAGUAUUACGCGAAUUGACACAAAAGUACUUUUCUAUCAUUAAAAGUAUUUUUAACAAUCAAAACAUGUGUCUUCCGUUCAUAACUAUCAUGCUCAAUGUUGCAAUUAGCAGCAUAAGCACGGAAAUGACUCGAGUACUUCAAGAUGCGACUACCAUAGAGGAAAGCAUCAUAACCGUGACUUUUCCUUACUUGGCAAAAAAAAUAUUAAAUAUUAUUUUAAACGUAAAAAAAUACCAAAAAUUAACCAUACAGGUAUUAACAGGAGCAAUAACUAAUUAUACUAAAAUCGACAUGCUUUCGGCUCUAGUCGUGAUACACCGGUUGCAUAAAUCGUCCAAUAAAAAGAUUAUCAAUAAGCUUAAGAAUUUAACACUAGCGUCAAAAAUGCAUAACCAAAAACAUUCUUAUCACACUGCCCUUGACAGAUCUAUACGUGAUGCAAUGAAUAUAGUUAUACGUGCAAUACUGAAGCAAUGAUAAAUAAUGCGUUAUUCAGCAAAAUGCAUUUUACGCGAUGAACAAUUUAAUAGUUUAUAAUUUUCAUGUGCUUCUAGAUUUUUAAGAGUGCAUUUUAUUACAUUUUUGUAUGACAUAGAAAGAAUUAUUUUUUUACAAAAAUUGAAAGUACAAAAUUUCGUAGAAUUAGUUCUUACAGAUUGGAUCUUUUAUGUUAUUCAUAGAAUAAGAAUAUCAAGAAAAUUUGAGAACAUCUAAAUUAUAAAAAUAUAUGUAUAUAUUUUCUAUUUAUAGAAAUGUAACUAUUUUUAUACAAAAGAAAUGACUAAUUACUAUAAAUAUA